AUGACUGAGUUGGUGAAGAAACGAAAAGUGUGCAGAGGGAAUUGCAGCUAUGUAAAGAAACUUAUUAGAAUGACCAAAGAACUGAAAGCAUCAUACGAAGUGACGGCAGAAGCAAAACUAGUGUUGGAAGAGAAAAAGAUUGCGUUCACGGACAAACUAAGAAUGUUAAAAGAACUCGAUGAUGAGAUAUUAAAUAUACUUUGUGGUGAUAAGAAUAUCGAGGAAGAAAUUGAUGGUGAAAUAGAAGAAUCGGAAAAUAUAAAGGCUGAGGUACAAACACUAAUUUUUUUCGAAGGGUCCUUGCCCAGUAUGUCGUCCACUCCCCAGUAUGUCGUCCACUCCCCAGAGUUCUAGUAGUGCGACGGCGACAGUGAAUACGAAACAAGUACAGUUACCCAGACUCAAAGUACCUACGUUUUCAAUAAAGGUUCACGAAUGGCAGGAAUUCUGGGACGGGAAUACUCAGUUAAGUGAGGUAGACAAGUGUUCCUACUUACGUGGCUUGUUGUUAGCACCUGCACGAUCGACUGUCCAAGGAUUUGCCCUUACCGCAGAUAAUUAUAAAGCAGCAGUCGACCUUUUGACAAAGUGUUAUGGUAAAAAGAUUUUAAUACAACACACAUAUGUAAACGAACUGAUUAACAUUGAACAUGUGUACAACAAAAGAGAUACCAUAAAACUGUGCAAAAUGUAUGACUUUGUUGAGAGUAAAUUUAGAUCUCUAGAUGCCUUAGACCAAGGAACAUACACUAUGUUUGUUGUUCCAUCAUUGUUGGAGAAAUUGCCACACUCGCUGAGGAUAACAAUGACAAGAAGAGCAUCACGAAUGGAAUAUGGAAGAGUUUUUUGGAUGUACUUGGUGGCGAAAUAGCUUUACAAGGGUAUCAACGAAAGCCAGACAGGGAGGAACGGCAACAAAAGAACGGGACUAAUCAUCAUAAUUGGAGUACAAUGUUCGCUGGAAGGCAAUCAAAAUGUGCUUUCUGUAACUGCCCAGGACAUCGACACGAAGACUGCAAGGUAACAGACAUUAAUGAACACAAAAAACUUCUAGGUAAAUAUGAUAGAAGCUAUAACUGUUUAAGAAAAGGAGAUUACAAUUAAGUGCCAUGCAUGUAAAGGCAUGCAUCACAAAGCAUUGUGUAGUGUGGACAUAAAUGGGAAUAGCCCUGUAGAUGACGGUGAAAAUAAAGUAAAUGUAGUUAAUAAUCAUGUAGCAACAAGUACUAGGGUCGUCUUACAGACGCAUGCACUAGGUGAAAGUAAGCGUAGAGUGCACGGGCAGGGAUUAUGACAUCGCUGGGAUUACGACAGGAAAGGAAUGGGUAGCAUUAAACACCUUUGGCCAAAAGGCUGUAGGCUCUAACCUUAAAGAAGUGGUUCAUGUUGACCUAGUUCCUGUGGGGGGAGGUAAAAUUUCAAGUUCCUGAAAUUUUGCAGGUCCACAAUGAGCAUUGAGAAAUUGCGUGAUUACCUACAUUUGGCCAACAUAGGGUUUUCAGAUGUUUCUCAGAAGAGGAGCUGGAGAUAGCUAUUUUAAUAGGUACCAUAGACAAACCAGUAGCUCUAGAAACUUCUCUAGGUUGGGUUGCCAGUGGGCCAAUGACGAACAGUGUGUCAGCCGUGGAAGGUGUACAAGAGGUAGGUGCUAUUUUUGUUGGUAAUUGUAGUGUACAAACUGACCAACUUGACGAAAACGUAAAACAAAUGUGACCUUACAAAUUGUAGAAGGUGAUGAGAUACAUGACAAAUUUGUUGAGAACAUUAAUCGAAUCAGAUAGAAAAUUUUGGAACCAGGGCAGUG